AUGCUUAGUACCAAUCAGAUGGUAGAACCUUUAUAAGAUAUGACAUAUUGAUUAUUUUUCUCAUUAUUGUAACAAUAUUAAAUUUCCCAUUUUGCUGUCACAAUAUUAUUUGCAAUCAAUUCGAAGAAAACAGAGAGCAUCAAAGGAAUAGAACAAAGGAACAUUCAUUUUUGAUAUGGAAGCUGAUGUUUCUCUUUUUUUUGCAGUGUUUGCGAAACCCUAAUUUUCAAAAUUCCCAAUUUCUGUUUGGAUGAUUUUCAACCCAAAAUCUAAUCUUUCGUGCUUUUUUAUUCAAUUGCUUUGAUGGGUUCCUCGAAUCUUUGCUUCUUUUUCUUCUCUUUGGUGAGUUUGUUUGCUAUGGCGGCUGCUAAGGUUGUGUUGAUUGGGAACAACAUCACUCUCUCGUUUGAUGAUAUUGAAGCUAAUUUCGCUCCAUCGGUCAAAGGUUCUGGAGAAUAUGGAGCCUUAUUCUUGGCAGAGCCGCUUGAUGCAUGUACAGAACUUACGAAUAAAGCUAGAACUCUUUCAAAUGCUAGUUCACCUUUUGUUUUGAUGGUUAGAGGGGGGUGUAGCUUUGAGGACAAGGUUAGGAUUGCACAAAGUGCUGGCUACAAAGCUGCAAUUGUCUACGACAGUGAAGAUGGUGGCAUCCUGGUUGCAAUGGCAGGAAAUUCUGCUGGUGUAAGUAUACAUGCGGUAUUUGUUUCAAAAGCUUCGGGUGAAAUACUAAAGAAAUACACUGGUUUAAUUAAUGUGGAAACAUGGCUCAUUCCAACUUUUGAAAACUCAGCAUGGUCUAUCAUGGCAAUUUCGUUCAUUUCCCUGCUAGCUAUGUCUGCAGUGCUGGCCACUUGUUUCUUCGUCCGCAGGCAUCGUAUACGAAGAGAAAGGCCUCGAACUUCUUCUCAUGUUCGUGAAUUUCAUGGCAUGAGUAGUCGCUUAGUGAAAGCAAUGCCAAGUUUGAUUUUUACUUCUGCUUUGGAAGAUAACUGUACAUCAAGAACAUGUGCCAUCUGCCUUGAAGAUUAUUGCGCUGGAGAGAAACUCAGGAUUCUGCCCUGCUGUCACAAGUUUCAUGCUGCCUGUGUGGAUUCUUGGCUUACUUCGUGGAGAACCUUUUGCCCAGUUUGCAAGCGUGAUGCAAGAACGGGUCUGGCUGAUCCACCACCUUCAGAAUCGACACCUCUGCUGUCAUCAACCCCGUCAUCUGCAGCAUCCUCUUUCGUGUCUUCUAUGAGGUCAUCAUUUGCUUCAUCUUCAGCAAUACAAAUUGGUUCACCGUCGCAAUCUGUUUCUCGUAACCACUCUUUAGUAAGUACCCCUUACAAUCAGCCAUCUCUAAGGUCCUACCGUCAAUCCCCCUCCCUAAGCUUCAGCCGUAGCUCCGUGGAUCUUAGAAACGCAUCUCAAAGAUCUCUAGCUUCACACAUGAAUUCACCGCGUUCCAUCGGUUAUCCAUCUUUAUCAUCUCUUAACUCAAGGUACUUGCCUUCACACAUUCCAAGUCCAAGCAAUGCUUCAGUAAGUUUCCUCGGUUCAUCCAGUCAUCAGCAGCAUCCACUUCGAUAUAGUGAGUCAGCCUCAAGCUUCUCACCAUUUGCGUCUGCCAACUCCCUUCCGGAAUGUUGAAUUGUUCAAUUGGAUUUAAUCAUAUGAUUGAGAUGUCUGUGCGGUUGAACCCGUGAUUGCUGAGUCAUCGAACCAAUGAGUGGCCAAAUGAUGACGGUCAGUCUAUGUCCAUAUAGACCCAUCGACAUUCCCUCCUUCCAUUUUGUGUCUCCUCUGGCAAAUGACUUCCUUGUUGGCAUCUGGUGUACAUUGUAACAUCUUGUGAUGUUAGUUUUCUUUACAUGUGAUGAUUAUUAUGGUUCUUACAUUUUUCAGGUUGGUGAGUUUGAGUACAGUAGUCACCACCAGUGUGUUGUUUACGCUUUGAUUAUUGAUGUUUUGUUAUAGCCUUGAUUUUCAAAGUAUAGUUAACUUGCUGCUAACAAGAGAAAUGUUGGACUGUAUAGACAGAUUGAAGUCAGAAGAGCUGUUUGUAUUUUGUCUAAUAUGUUUGUCCAAUUGAAUGAUGAGAUUAUGUGAUACUCUUGGAGUUAUUACCUACACAUACCUUAUCAUCUAACUGCAACAGUGAGUGUCAAUAAUAUAUGUACAAAUUCGGUGGGAUUUAGCUUCACUGUUGAUUCAGAUA